GAGUCACUACACAUCCCAGAAUGCAGUCGAUGGAGAAGGACAAGAUAUGAUGAUCUACAAUUCCCACGAGUUGUUUGGAUACAUGCAUGCAUGUCAUCAAUGGUUAGGAAGCGCACAGAGAAACGCUGAAGAGCGGGAUUGAGUUGAUAAAACCGGCGUGGUGUUAUCUCUAUGGGAAUUCUAAUCAAUAAUAAUGUCCAACACUAAAGCUCCUAUUGUUGAUACGGAGAGGCGUAGGCGGAGGUCCACGGCUGAAAGUUCAGAUAGCCAAUGGGACCAUGACCCCAGGGUCUACCGCCGUACAUCCCAGUGUGACAGACUGUGUGUGGACAUUGGCAGUCAUGUGGCCGAGACGCCCUCCCCAGAUGUCUCCCAUCAAUACACCCCCAAAUGUUUGUCUGCACACAAAGGAGGCACCACUCCGUGUCACUAUGGGGAAGAGGUUUGGCAGGAUGGCUCGAGCUUGAGGACCACCAUCCGAGCAGAGAAUGAAGUAGAGGCAAACAAACUGGCCAACAACUACAGGUUUGGCUUCAGAAAGUGGAAGAGUCACGUGACUGAGAGGCCCAUCGAGGACAGGUCGGACAUUGUGAGGGAGCUGUACUCAGAGCUGAACUUUGUCAGACCCCAAGGUUCAUUGAUCACUUGUGGAAACAUAGCAUACUUGAUUUUAUUUGGAUGGUGGAUCUCUUUAGCCUACCUCUUGGUCUGUGUCCUAAUGUUUCUGACCAUCAUUGGAGUUCCUUAUGGGAAGCUGUGUUGGAAGUUAUCAUGCUACUUUCUGUGGCCCUUUGGGAAGUCCAUACUAAAGCCCAGAAGCCUGGUCAGGCGAUGCUGUGUGAAGUUCCCUCACUGCGAGGCCAUCCCAGAGGAAUCUGACUCAAAGGAGGUGAAGGAGUCUACACCCUUGCUCAUGCCCCCUUCUGUCCCCAUCGAGGUCCCCCCACAACGGACGCGUUACUGGUGUCGUGUCAGUACAUAUGUGUGGUUGUUGCUAGGCUACCCUCUCCUGGGGCUGAUCCACAGCCUGGCCUGCUUCCUCUCCUGGAUCCUGGUCUUCACCAUCCCUGUGGCCAAGAUGAAUGCCCGCACCCUGGCCAUCAUCCUCCUCAUGCCCCCUGAGGACGUCCACAUCCACCGGCUGAAAAAGCCGCAAGGGUGUGAUAGCCAAGUGCUUCUCUGUUGCUACCACGCCUUCAACUGGUACUACUACAAAUACACCUUGGACGGAAUCAAUGUGUUCGCUGUCAACCUGCUGCCCCUGGUCAUCACAACCCUGGUGGUCGGCUACGUGGACACAGAGAACCAGUUUGUCAGCUCGGAGGCCAAGUUCGCCGCUGCCGUCAGCUCCAUCAUCCCACUGUCCUAUUACAUUGGCAUGGGCAUCGCCAGUAUCUCAGCCCAGAGUAACUUUGCGGUGGGAGCAGUGGUUAACGCCACGUUUGGCUCCAUCACAGAGAUGACCUUCUACAUCACUGCCCUGUUGAGGGGUCACAAGGCCGGCACCAAGUGCUAUGAGGAGAUCGUCAAGGCUGCUCUCACUGGAACCCUGCUGGGCUGUAUUCUCUUUAUCCCAGGUAUCAGCAUGAUCAUCGGGGGCUUUAAACACAGGGAGCAGAGGUUCAACAGCCGCUCUGCAGGGGUCAGCUCAGCCCUGCUCUUCAUAUCAGUAGGAGGCGUAUUUGCCCCAACCCUGUUCUCCAAGGCCUACGGUAGCCUGGUGUGUGCGGGCUGCUCCAGCUCUCAAGCCAACACCAGCGGGCCCUUUACCUGUAUGGACUGCCACUAUGACAUGAGUGGAAGUAACGAACCCUUAUAUCUCAGACAUAUUGAGCCUCUGGUAUACACCAUCUCCGUGUUGCUGCCCUCCGCCUACCUGAUCGGCCUCAUCUUCACCCUGAAGACCCACUCCCACAUCUACGACAUCCAAGUCAGUGAUGUGCACGAUCACCACCAGGGUCAGUGCCCACCGGGGGGCGCCAGCGGUGGUCACGGUACUGUCCACUGGUCCAGGUUGAGGGCUCUGUCUGUGCUGAUCAUGGCCACGCUGCUAAUGGCUGCCUGUGCCGACCUCACCACGGAGCACAUCAAACCCAUCCUCGACCACUCCUCCAUCUCCCAGUAUUUCAUCGGCGUGACAGUGUUGGCGAUGGUCCCGGAAAUUCCCGAGAUCUUCAACGGAAUCCAGUUUGCCCUGCAGAAUAACAUCAGCCUCAGCUUGGAGGUGGGAAACUGCAUAGCAGUGCAAGUCUGCAUGAUUCAGAUUCCCUUACUCAUCUUGUUCAACACUUUUUAUGAUGUGGGAUUCGUGCUCCUGUUCAGUGACUUGCAUCUUUGGGCCAGCAUCUUUAGUGUGAUUGUGGUCAACUACAUUUUCAUGGAUGGCAAGUCUGACUACUUUCAGGGGACUGCUUUGGUGGUGGUUUACCUCAUUCUACUGGCGCUGUACUUUUUUGCCCCAUCACCCCACACCUGUUGAGCUGCUCCGCAAAGAACAAACUUCAACUCCUAGAGUCCUUUCAGUCACUAUUUACAGGAGCUGCUUUGUUUGUGUUAACUAUUUCGAUGCCAUGUCGAGUCAUAUUCAUAAGGGCUCGCAGCGGGAAGUCCAGUUAGUCCCUCUCUGUUGCAAUCUGUUUUCUUCCUUUUGUGCCUAAUGAACAUGACCCAGUUCUGGGCAUCAAUGGCCCUUUACCUUUGGAAUUAUUUGCAUUAUGACUUCUAAAUUAACAUUCCUAUACUGCACAUCCGGGGUGUAUGUGAACUAUAUGUAGGAGAUGUGUUUUCAGGUGGAGUUUGGUAGAUUAAAAUGCAUAUGUUAAAGCAGGGUAUGUUAAUAUUGAAUUUUUAAAGUGGUCACUAUUGUGCUUCACAUUCAUUGGCGUUUGGUUAUUAAGCUGGAUUCAUAUGGACCAAAACAUCUACACAUGGUGUAAUGCUAGGAUUUGUAUGGACCAUAACAUCUACACAUGGUGUAAUGAUAGGAUUCGUAUGGACCAAAACAUCUACACAUGGUGUAAUGAUAGGAUUCGUAUGGACCAAAACAUCUACACAUGGUGUAAUGAUAGGAUUCGUAUGGACCAAAACAUCUACACAUGGUGUAAUGCUAGGAUUUGUAUGGACCAAAACAUCUACACAUGGUGUAAUGCUAGGAUUUAUAUGGACCUACACAUGGUGUAAUGCUAGGAUUUGUAUGGACCAAAACAUCUACACAUGGUGUAAUGCUAGGAUUUGUAUGGACCAAAACAUCUACACAUGGUGUAAUGCUAGGAUUUGUAUGGACCAAAACAUCUACACAUGGUGUAAUGCUAGGAUUUGUAUGGACCAAAACAUCUACACAUGGUGUAAUGAUAGGAUUCGUAUGGACCAAAACAUCUACACAUGGUGUAAUGCUAGGAUUUGUAUGGACCAAAACAUCUACACAUGGUGUAAUGCUAGGAUUUGUAUGGACCUACACAUGGUGUAAUGCUAGGAUUUGUAUGGACCAAAACAUCUACACAUGGUGUAAUGCUAGGAUUUGUAUGGACCAAAACAUCUACACAUGGUGUAAUGCUAGGAUUUGUAUGGACCAAAACAUCUACACAUGGUGUAAUGCUAGGAUUUGUAUGGACCAAAACAUCUACACAUGGUGUAAUGCUAGGAUUUGUAUGGACCAAAACAUCUACACAUGGUGUAAUGCUAGGAUUUGUAUGGACCAAAACAUCUACACAUGGUGUAAUGAUAGGAUUCGUAUGGACCAAAACAUCUACACAUGGUGUAAUGCUAGGAUUCGUAUGGACCAAAACAUCUACACAUGGUGUAAUGCUAGGAUUUGUAUGGACCAAAACAUCUACACAUGGUGUAAAUGCUAGGAUUCGUAUGGACCAAAACAUCUACACAUGGUGUAAUGCUAGGAUUCGUAUGGACCAAAACAUCUACACAUGGUGUAAUGCUAGGAUUUGUAUGGGAAAUAGUACACAUUUACUGCCACUUUCUUGACCUUCCUGUUCUGUUUUCUAUUCUUGUGAUUUUCUUUGUUGCAAAGUAUUACAUUGGAUAAGGUGCAGCCAGGUCUAUUUCAACAAGGUCUUGUACCUGAGCAGGCAGGUAAACGACCUUCCACACAACUCAUUUUGUAAAGGAAUGGUAUCUAGUCAUAAGCAAGGGCAUGCCAAUUUCAAUGUGCUUGUUGCACAGAGGAUGUUUAUGGUGGUUAAAUAAAUCUUGACUAUUAGGCAA